AACGACUUACAUUUGGGUUAUUAUGUUGUAACCAUUGUUUAUUUUUAUAAAAGUAUUUAGUUCAUGACAGGUGUAACAAUUGAUUAAGAUAAAAUAAACGAAAGAAGAAUUUGACUUAGUACUUACAGCAUACUAGUUACUUAAUCUACACGUCUUAAUAUAAUUAUUAGUUAGGGAACACAAAGUUUUGUGCAACAUGAUCACGUCCAUGAGGGCCGCGGCAUUUACCAGUGACCCUGGUUUUUAUUACUACUAUUUUGCAACACUAGAAAAAAUAAUAAGCAAUUCGUUAACAAACCUAUAAUAAGCGGAAUUUGAUGGGUGCAGUGCUCAGGAAACACGUUUUGUACUAGGCCCAAUAAUGGAAGAAGAAUUACGGUGCUUCGUUUGUAAGGAAUUUUACCGAGAACCAGUGCUACUGCCCUGCGGGCAUGCUCUUUGUCGUUUAUGUGGGGUGAAUCUGCAAAGUCCGGUACAUGAGAAUGACGGUGCUUCAUCGACUGACUAUCAGGAGGCGGACAAGGCGUCGGUGUCGAGUGAGACGGACAGCGGUGUGGUCUGCGGCUCGCGGCCUAACAGCUUCGCGGGCACGCCCGCCGCCGCUGCGUACCAGAGCGCCGCAUUCACUUUAUCAUGUCCUACAUGCAACAAGCAAGUGUUUCUAGAUGACAAUGGGGCUGAAGGUCUUCCGCCGUUUCGCGUUAUGCGAACUAUUGUUGAGCGUUUCGGUGGCGUGGCCGGAGCCCCGCCGGCAGAGGAGGCCUGUCAGAUGUGCGAGGGGGAGCGCCGAGCGGCAGUUGUGCGGUGUGAGCAGUGCUCGGUCCGGUAUUGCGCUGGCUGCAGGGAUGCAUGGCAUCCCACCCGUGGCCCUCUUGCUCAACACGAGCUGAGAACUCUGGGCACAACAUGCUCUGACCAUGGCUCACCACCGGUGCUGUACUGCAACAGCUGUCUAGUCCCUGUGUGCCAGCGAUGUGUGGCUGAAAGGCACUCUUCACAUGUCACACAGCCCCUAUCAAGUGCUGCUAGAGCACAUAAGACUGAACUCUCACAAGUAUUACAACAGCUUUCAGAGAAGGCCAAGGCUAUGACUGAAUAUAUCCAAGUAGUAAAAGGCUCAAGUGAACAAGUAGGUGAAUCAUGCUCCGAGCUAGAGCGGCAGAUAGAACAAGCAUGCGCGGAGGUAUCCCGCGCCCUGGGUCAGCGGCGUGAGGAGCUGGUCCGGGCAGCGAGGGCGACCCGCGCCCAGGCCGCGGCCGACGCGCGGGCCAGGUCCGCGCAGGCCUCGCACAAGCUCAGGGAGGCCACGGCGCUGCUGCACUUCUCCAUUGAGGCACUUAAGGAGGCUGACCAUGCUGCCUUCCUACAGGUGGGCAGCAUCCUGUCAGCGCGCGCGCAAGAGACGAGCGGCACGCUGUGCGCGGCGCUGGAGCCGCCGCCGCAGCCGCCCGAGCUCACGCUGGACAUCGAGCCCGUGCUGCGCACCGUGCGCGCCAUGAACUUCGUCGAGUGCAUCCCGGACGAAAAGGAAAUGGGAUCCUCAGCCCCGGGCGCGCCGACGAUGGCGGUGGAGGCGUGCGCGGCGCGCGGGUGCUCGUGCACGCUGGCGUGGCGCGCGCCGCCCGCGCCCGCCGCCGUGCGCGGGUACGUGCUCGAGCUGGACGACGGCCGCGGCGGGCCCUUCCGGGAGGUGUACUGCGGGCGCGAGACGAUAUGCACGGUGGACGGGCUGCACUACGCCUCGCUCUACAGCGCGCGAGUUAAAGCCUUCAACGGCGCCGGCGAGGGCCCUUACAGCGAGAUUAUCGGCCUUCAGACCUCAUCAGUGGCGUGGUUCACGUGGGACCUGCGCUGCGCGGCCGGCGCGGGCGAGGGGCUGGCGCUGUCGGCGGACGGGCUGUCGGCGCGCGCGGCGGGCUGGCAGCCGCGCGUGGCGCUCGCCGACCAGCCGCUGGCGCGCGGCGUGCACUACUGGCGGCUCGUGCUCGACCACUACGACGGCGACGCCGACCCCGCCUUCGGCGUGGCGCGCGCCGACGUCGCUAAAGACAAGAUGCUCGGAAGCGACGCGCUAGGCUGGGCGAUGUACAUCGACGCGCGGCGCUCUUGGUUCGUGCACGGCGGCGCGCACGGCGGCCGCGCGGCCGGCGGCGUGGCGCGCGGCGCCGCCGUCGGCGUGCUGCUCGACCUCGGCAGGGGCACGCUGCGGUUCACCGUCGACGACACCCCGCAGGGCGAGAUCGCGUUCACGGGCCUCCGCGGCGCGUUCUACCCGGCCGUGUCGCUCAACCGCGGCGUGGCCGUGACGCUGCAGCCCGGCCUGCCGCCGCCGCCAGACCUGCUGCUGGACCAGCUCGCUAUCGAGUGAACUCCGACACGGAUCC